AAUAAAGUUGAAUCUAAUCAGAUCUAAUAUGCUUACUGUGAGGAAUUAAUUUCCCGUAUAUAUGUUAUGGUGUUUUCAUGAGCAACCAGGAAGUGGGAAAGUUCCAAUCUCUAAGCGGAAAAAUACACCUGAACACAUUUGUUUAUCUUAGAACAUCCCAGUAGGAAUGUGGAAGGGGUAUACAGAACACACUACGGAGCUCACCAGAGUAAAUAUAAUACCAUCAGUAGUUGUAAUGCAUGAUACUGAGCAUUGGAGAUUACAAUAAAGAAACAUGGCUCACGGGUUGCACAAACAGGACGAUCUGCAGAUUAUUGUUCUUGGGUACAACCGGUCUGGCAAGACCGCAACGAUAAACACAUUCCUGGGAGUCGGAGCGUAUCAUCAGGGGGAAGGAGCAACACACUCCGUCAAGAGAGAGGGCGUGGUUGUGGGUAGGAAGGUGACUUUGAUUGACACUCCAGGAUGGUGGAAGCUUUAUUCCGCCACCCAAACCGCAGAGUACAUCAAACGUGAGCUUGUGCUGAGCACCUCCCUCUGUCCACCCGGACCCCACGCUUUACUCCUGGUGGUCGAACUGGACAGUCCAUUCACUGAAAUCGAAUAUACGUCAGUGGUGGAACACUGUGAGCUCCUGGGUGCAAACAUCUGGGAGCAUACCAUUGUCUUGUUCACCAAGGGAGAUUUAUUGACAGACAAAACCAUCGAGGAGCGCAUCAAGAGUCAGGAGGAAAAGCUUGAUCAGCUGGUGGCGAGAUGUGGAGGCAGAUACCAGGUCUUUGACAACAAGACUAAAUGUGAUGAUCGAUCUCAAGUCAAAACACUUUUGGAUAAAUUAGAUGAACUGAUCGCCAGUGACCAUCACCAUCCCUUUGAGGUUGACCACAUCAAACUGAAAGAUAUUGAAGAGGCGAAGAAAGUUGAUAAGGAACGAGGACUAAUAAACAAGGAGAGGAUCUUAGAAGAGAGACAGAGAAUCAAGAUAAAUGGAGAAGUUCUCUCUCUGCCUGAAAUAAGAAUGAUAUUAGUUGGAUGGGUGCUUUCUGGGAAGAGUUAUGCAGGAAAUAUCAUCCUAAAUGGAGAUCAUUUUACCCCUGGGAAAGUGACUGAGAAGGCUGAGAGCAGAAAAAGCAAAGUCUUUGGCCGAAACCUCACUGUGGUCGACACACCUGGGUGGUGGAAGUUCCUCCCAGCCAAAUACACUCCAACACGAGUGAAGGCAGAACUCAGGAGAGGAGUGUUCCUGUGCGGGAAGUACCCCCAAGCGAUCCUCUUGACACUGACAGUGGAAACGUCAUUCCACGAGGAGCGGAGACGCAUGAUUCAAGAAAUGUUGGAGAUGUACUUGGGACAGGAUGUCUGGAGACACACCAUCAUUCUCUUCACAUGGGGAAACCUGCUGAAAGACACCACCAUCGAGGAGGUCAUCGAGAGUGAGGGCAAAGCUCUGCAGUGGCUCAUCCAGAAGUGUGGAAACAGAUAUCACGUCUUUGGUGAGAGAGCGCAGGGUAGCAACCAGGUUGAAGAGCUGCUGGAGAAGAUAGAGGAGAUGGUGGCUGGAAAUUGUGUGUUUUGCCCUAGCGCAGAGUCUUGCAUGUACACAGAAACAGGCAUUAGGGGAAACAGGGUAGAGGAAAGAAAUGAUCCACAGACUGAAGAUGCCAUCAAUAUAGUGGACAGGGAGUGGUUGCGAACAGAUAAGAAUUUGAUUGAGGAGGUCCAGAAGCAGUGGAUUGCAGCCACUGACGCGGCACGCAAACAUAAAUCUAACACAAGCAGGAAUGAGCCACCUAACUUGCAGGGAGAAGGGCAUUCCACAGACAUCGACAAUUAUGGAGAAACAUUUCAGGAUAAUCCUCUCUACCGUGGCACAGCUGACAAACCACAGAGUGAAAAGAGUGAUCACAGCCUCCAAAGACAGCAGUCUAAUGGUGAGAUGCUUGCAUUUCAUUUAAAAGAUAUGCUAGGAAACGAAUGGAGACGCCGGGACUUUAUAGUGAAGAAGCUAGUCCGUGAAGCUGUACAGGAACUUAAACUGGAAACUUCAUCUGAGCCAGAUCCGAAAGAGCUGAGGGAAUCAAGAGACAAAGUCGUGGGCUGGUUACUGAAAAGCUCUGGCUAUGCUUCCUACAUGAGUGGCUCCCAAGAGCAUUUAAACGUCAGUGACAAGGACUGCAUAGACUAAAAACACAGUACUGCAUUGUGUGUAAUCACUAAUGCAUUAUUGGCUAUAGUCAUGCUAUGUGAGGACAGUCCUCUGGAAUGGAUUUAAAGUUUUUAUUUCACUUAUAAAUCCGGGGACUGGGGACACUUGUAGAAUAAGAUGUGUGUUUAUAUUUCAUGUUUUUUCCUACAAAUUAUUUUAAAAUUUUCAAAAUUACCUGGAAAAUAAAAUAUAGCCUAUUUGCUGUAAUGGACUGAUACCAUUUCCAACACUGGCAUUUCCAACACUGGAUGCUCAUAUACUGGUUCUCGUAAUUAUAAGAAAUGCUCUGAUACCAUGGCAACAUCAUGUGAAUAAUGUGAAGCUUUAUUUUUUUAUGAUUUUGGAAAUGUCAUAUUUUCUUUUAUAUUUCAUGUUGUAACGGCUAGAGUGCAUAUGAUGAAAAUAAAGCUUAAAAUUCAUUGUG